UAGUCCUUAUCCUCUGUUAGCUGGGGAUAAACAUUAGGAUUUCAUUACAAUCUGAAGAAGUUCCAGUGUUUUUAAAGUGUGCAAGAUUCAAAUCUAAGGAUGUUUAAACGGGAGUUAAAUAUUUUCACAGUCAUUGUUUUCAUCUACACAAUUAUCUGUAUUGCACCGUGCCAUGGGCGAAAUCUGCCAUCCGUGAACAAAGAUACAGCAACAGAAAUCGACUUGGCUUCAAAAGAACCAAGAAGGGUCAAGAGAGCUCAUUCUUCCGUGCCCGUGUCUGGGAGAAUCGGCCAUCCACUGAAGCCAGCCCGCCUGAAUGACCCUUUCUGGUCUAACCAACAGAGUGACAGAUUUCGUCGCCUGAUGCAAUUCCUUCAAGGAAAUUUUCCGAGGAAUUUGAAUUUUGUAAGAAACCAAGAAUUUGUGAUACGAGGGACGCGGAAUCCGGAUGAGGCCCAGAUCACACAGGGGACCACAAUGCCGACUCAGCCAAGCACUGGAUUACCAUUCUUUAAAUUCCCCUCUACAUUGAUACCAGUCUUACCUAUAACAGGAACUUUGACAGAUGAAACGAGCAGAAAUUCAUUACAGGCGGGAAAAACCACAGAAAAACCAUUAUCUGCGGUCUCGUCAAUUGAAAAAGGCAGUCUGAUUAGAAAUAAAAGUAAAAACAAAACACAAAAUCCGGAUGGGUCAGUUGGGAAUCUGCCGUCCCAGCACAUAGACACGUCAUUGGUGUCACCGAGUGGGACACUAAUAAUGCGUGUUUUUAAUAAUUUCCUAGUGUUUCAUAAAAACUCUGGAGAGACAACCACACCGCAAGCUGUGAUUUCUACCACAGAACAAAUUAGCACAACCAAAGACUCAUUGACGACAACUCCAGCAGUGUCAACAACUACCGUUGGUUUUGAACCAGAAACACCAGCAAAGGGCUUUGUUAGCAUUGUACGUAAUGUAGAUGAAAUGUUUUGUAAGAUUUGUGAAUCAUUCGGACACCAAUGGAAAGAACUGUGUCUAAAGAAGAACUGUAUUGUUCCAUCAAAGCCUACACCAUCAUAGCCCGAAAUUCCACUGAAGACUUACAGACUCGUGAUAUCAGUAUUUAUUAACUUCAUAGUGAUGUAUCUCGCCAUGUCAUGGCUUAUUUGUACUCUGCUGUUUAGCCCUCCUCUCCAGGUUUUACCGUUACUGUUCACAGCCGGUAGAGCUACAUAUUUUAUCCAAAAUGAAAUCCAGCUG